AUUUGCAAAGUUGUAUUUUAUAGAUUAUGCCUCGUCCAAAGUUUCCAAACUGAAAGACAAGAAGAAAAAAACUGAGAGAAAAGCCUGAGAUAAAGGAAUGCUUCCAGUGCUGCAAGCAAGGCAACUAAUGAGGGGAGGAUUCUCCUGGACUGGAAAGCCCGGCACUCAGUGGAGCAGAUUCCAUGAUGGGAAUCGGAGGGGUUGCUCGGUGCCCUUUCUCUAGAGCAUCUUUUCUCUGAAGCUUUCUCCAGGGACGUCGGCUCCCAAUCAUGCCCAGCCAACAGAAGAAGGUCAUCUUUUGCAUGGCCGGUAUCCUGAGCUUUGCAUGCUCCUUUGGUGUCAUCAUGGCUUUAGGAACCCAGCUGUGGGUCAAAGCCAAGAUUCUCUGCAAGACCGGGGCCCUGCUUGUCAAUGCGUCUGGACAAGAGCUUGAGAAGUUUACCGGGGAGAUCCAGUAUGGGCUUUUCCACGGGGAAGGGGUGAGACAGUGUGGCUUAGGAGCAAGACCUUUCCGGUUCUCGUUUUUUCCAGAUUUGGUCAAAACCAUCCCAGUGAGCAUCCAUGUGAAUAUCAUCCUCUUCUCAACAAUUCUGAUCAUGUUGACAAUGGCAGGAGCAGCCUUUUUCAUGUACAAUGCUUUUGGCAAACCCUAUGAAACUCUUCUUGGCCCACUUGGAUUGUAUCUCUGGAGCUUUAUUUCAUGUUCCUGUGGCUGUCUUGUUAUGAUACUGUUUGCCUCAGAAGUGAAGAUGCACCAUCUCUCAGAGAAAAUUGCAAAUUAUAAGGAGGGAACCUUCAUAUACAAAAUUCACAGCGAAAAAUAUGCUACUUCUUUCUGGGUCAUUUUUAUAUGUUUUUCUAUGCACAUUCUGAAUGGACUUUUAAUCCGGCUUGCUGGGUUUCAGUUUCCUUUUACAAAAUCAAAAGACUUGGAGACUAAUACAGCAGCUGACCUCAUGUACUAACUAGAAGAUACAUUUUUUAUCAUGGUCCACAUGAGGAAAGAGGCUUCUUCAGCCCUUGGCACUUCUGCCCCCAAAUUAGAUCUAAAUAGAUUCAGACUAAGAAAAUACAUAUCGACCAGGGUCUUUGGGGGUGAAUGGAUAUUUUCUACGUCAACAAGGGAAGAAAAUCAAGGUGGCAGAGGAAAGAACAUGGUAUGAGGAGGAAAGAUGCCUGAAACAGCCAGAAGUCAUUUUCCCCAGGUAUUCAAAGAAAAUCGUGAACUAGAAUAAGUACAAGGAUGUUUUUGCAUAACUCAAAGACUGAUGAAAAUCUCUUUUGCCAUGAGGGAGUCUGAAGGUGUCUGGCUUCUGUUUGAGAAGACACGUGCUGAUCAGAAAUUUGAUUUUUGAUCAAGGCAAUCAUUAUUGAUGAUUCAUGUAUCAGCAAUCAGAGAAAGGAGCAAGAAUCCUUUUAAAAAGGCAUCCAUGCAGUAAACAAGCAGCUUUUGUAUUAGGGAAAGAAUAUAUCAACAGAUUUAAUGUGUUUUUUUAUUGCUACUGACUCAGUGGCCCUGUUUUCAAUUUGGAACCUUCACACUCUGAAAAAGAUCAGAAAGAAGAAACCGAGGGUCUUGUUCCCUCUGUGAGGACAAGACACAAAGAGUCAUCAUGUCAUGCUUUAAACCAGUGGAUAGUCUCUGGAGUUCCUGAUUUAUCCUAAAAAGCUAUCUAGAGUUAGAAUCGGAGAGUCCUGGAGUUAGAAAGGAGGUCAUUUCAUUCAAACCAGGCAGAAGAAAUCCCCUCUGCCACAUCCAGGACAAAUGGCCAUCCACUUUCUACUUGAAGACCUCCAGAUCUGAUCCUGAAGUGCUGCUCCCUUACGCUAUAGGGUUGCUCUGUUAAGAAGUGGUUUUGCUUAUUUUUCCCAGAUAGAAAGACUAAAUCUGCCUCUUUGCAAUGUCCACCCACCACUUCUCUUUCAGCCCCCUGGGGCCAAGCAGAACAAGUCCAUUAUUCUUGUUCUCCCACAUGAUAACUCUGAAAAAGGACCUUAGAAAUCAUUUAGUCCAAGCUCCUACUUUUCAGAUGAGAAUCUGAAGUUGAGAGAAAGGAAGUAACCUGAGAUCACAAGUCUAGAUUGGAAAGGGACUUCAAAGGCGCCUCUUCAUUUUACAGAUGAGGAAACUGAGGGUCAAGAAGCCCCAAGCUCUUACCCAAGGUCAUACAGGGAAUAAGUGUCAGAGGUGGGAUUUGAACCCAGGUUCUCUGGCUACAAAGCCAAUGCAUUUUCUCCAAUGCCUUACUGAGAAUGACUUGUUAAGGACCAUUUGAAACAAAGUACUAUGUCCUAUCAUACACUAUAGACAUCCCUGGAUACCAAAUGAUAAUUAUGUUAAAUGUUGAGAUUCCAAUUCUGCCACUGCAUUUUGUAGAAUUCCUUUUCAUCUGAGAAUCUUAUAAUAAAAACAAACUAAAAUGGC